UCUUCACUGACUCUAACUUGACUACCGCCCUCAGAGUGCCAGUCGAUCGACUCUUUUCAGCCUGUUAACGAAUUGCACCUUGAAACUUUUAUAUUUUUGCGUCCAAUAUGUCAAUCAGUCGGAAGAACUGGUCGGCUUUGUCCAGCCUGGCGCGCCAGUGGACGAUGGAGGACGAGGAGGAAGUGGAAAGGGAGAGGAGGAGAAGGGUGAAGAGCUCCACAAGUACCGCUGACCCCGAUGCUGACUUUAGCCAAACAACUGGAGACACACCCACCCACGACAGUGCCUUCAGGACAGACUCCACAAGUGAGACUUCCCAGGAACUCAGCAGUGUGGAGCAGAUGCAGCUAGACUUUGUGGAGAUGCUGCGUGUCCGUGAUGAGAAGCGGAGGAUGAGGCACGUGGAGACGCUGAGACAACAGAAGGAAGCAGAGGAGAAUGAGGCAGAGGCGGGCAGAUUAGAAGCCAGGGUGGAGCUACUUGGGGAUCUGGAGGAUGAGCAGGGCAGCGCGAUGCCCUCUGUGAAAGCUACGUCCAAGCCACAACCACCACCAAAAACAGCCUCUUUCAGCCCCACCAACAGCACCAGCAGGAAUAACAGACAACAUGAAAAUGGAGAGUCGGCGAGCAAAGACCCUGAUCCCAAGCCAUCAUCCAACCCAACCCGCAAGUUUGUCAGCUCCCUCUCCAUCUCACUCGACAAAAGCCCCUCCGCUAGCGGGUGCACUAGUCCUAUGAGCCCUCGCUCUCCGACUGCGCCCUUUUCCCCUCGAGAACACUGGGGGUCUCCGUGUCAGAGCCCCUCUACUGUUCAGAACGGACAUACACAGGAGACCAACGAGAACUUUGAACCUACAGCCAAACCAGCAUUCGGCAGACAGAGCUCCAGGACUAUAUCUUUCAGGAUGUUGAGGAAGAAAGAAGAGGAGAGUACUCCGCCGCUGCAGAGGAGUGCGAGUGUGAGGAUGGCCUCAAAGAAGUUUGAAUCCAACACAGACCAGAAUGAAGAUGAAGCAUCAUCUUUCCAGAGAAACUCUAAGCAGAGGAUUUCAUCCAGGUCUAUCAAGGAGAAGAUGGAGAGACUGGCUCAGGCUGCACAGAAGUCAGAUGUGGCGCGAUCUCCAGACGUGACCCAGAGGACCCUGUUCCUGCUGGACGAGGUGUCCAGGAAGAGAGGCCUCUUUGAGAAGGAGCAGCAGGCAGCGAGCCCCACUAGCCCGGGAGUGUCCAGACAGGAAUUUAGGAGCUUCAAAUCAGGGAUGUCGGACCGGAUCAACCGCUGGCUCAACAAGUCCAACCAGCCUGUGUCUGCACACUGUUCAACUGACUUGAGACAUGUGGACAUCUCCAGUAAGAGGAGCCUGUUUGAGACCAGAGAGGAGGACAGCGUCCCAAAAACCAGCCCUGGAAAAAUCUACAAGUGAACAGGAUUUAGUAGACGGGGAGGAGGACGCCAUGACUGACUGAUUGUUUUUUUCAAGCUUUUUGUUUUUUUCUUUUUUCCCUGCUAAGGACACAGGAGCAGAUAUGCCAAAUAGAGAAAAAUGUGAGUCGAGUUUUAGCUUAACAGGACUGAAAAGGAGGAUACUGCUUAUAAAGUUAAGAGGACUUAAUCAUUCA